AUGUUACUCGGUCAAUUAAUGACAAGUCCGACAACUCUUAUCAAUACUCAAGGUGUAAUAUUGCCGUUAAAUACUUGGACUCAUAUAGCCAUUGUUUAUUUAAAUACAAAUGGCUUUCGUCUAUUUAUCAAUGGACAAUUAAUUGACGCUGUAUCAGGAUCGAUGACUACUAAUCAAUUCAGUCUGUAUAUCACACUUGGUAAUAACAGUCCAGGACUUUCUAUAUCCAGUUCUAGUUGUGUGUCAUCAACUGUUGUUGCUGGUCCAUAUCGUGGUGCUAUCGAUGAAUUUCGAAUAUAUAAUCGAGAAUUAGAUGUUCAAGAACUUUGUGUACUUGCCAAUAUUUAA